GAGUUGCCUAACUCUCAAUAAUAACCUCAACGAAAAAUUCAUUUACAACUUUAUUUAUAACUUUAUACACCUUAAAAACAACAACACAAAUUUUUAAUUAAUUAAUGAAACCAUUUUAAUACUAAAUCGAACAAAUUAUGUCUGUGACUUUAGAUAUAAAGCUAAAAAAGGUUGAUAAAGUAUAUCACGAAGGGGAAAAAGUAACGGGGGUAAUCGUAAUAAACACCAACACAGAUUUAAAACAUGAUGGGAUCACAUUAAUAAUGGAAGGAUAUGUGAAUUUGCAGUUAAGUUCAAAAAAUGUUGGAAUUUUGGAGGCUUUUUAUAAUUCCGUGAAGCCAAUUCAAUUGGUUUUUGUAAACUGUGAAGUUAGUGGGCCAGGUAGAAUUCCUGCAGGGUGUACUCAGAUCCCAUUUGAGCUUCCUUUACACCCAAAACCCAAUCGAGAACUUUAUGAAACUUAUCAUGGUGUUUUUAUCAACAUUAGUUAUAAUUUAAAAUGCGAUAUUAAAAGGUCGUUUUUAUCAAAAGACUUACAGAAAUCCCAACAGUUUAUGGUACAAUAUAGACCGAGGAUAGCUGAUCCACCCAGAUCAAUACAAUUUACAAUUAGCCCGGCUUCUUUGGCUUCUGGAGGAUCUGGAGCGCCUAAUUUUAAAAUACAUGGGAAAUUUGAUUCUAGUCGAUGUAGCGUUUCUUCUCCUUUAACAGGGUAUUUAAUUGUUGAGCAUUGUGCUGUACCCAUUAAGAGCAUUGAACUUCAACUUGUAAGAGUGGAAACUUGUGGGUGUGCCGAAGGAUUUUCAAGAGACGCUACAGAGAUACAAAAUAUUCAAAUUGGAGAUGGAGAUAUUCCUCGUAAUACAGAAAUUGCGAUUUAUAUGAUUUUUCCAAGAUUAUUUACUUGCCCAACAUUGAUCAAAGUUAAUUUCAAAAUUGAAUUUGAAUUAAACAUUGUAAUUAUAUUUCAAGAUGAUCAUCUUGUAACAGAAAAUUUUCCAAUCAUGUUAACAAGAGAAUAAAAGUAUAUUAACAAGUA